AUGUCAAUAAACAAAAUUCUUUCUUCAACUUAUAAAAUAACUCAAAGAUCUAACAAUAACAAUAUUUUAUUCAAUGGAUUGAAAAUUAAUUCUUUUUCAUUAUGUAACACUAAAACAAACCUUUUCACAAAUAAAACUAAUAUCAAUUUAUAUAAUAAUUAUUCAAAAUCAUCAAAAUCAGGUAAGAAAUCAAAGAAAGAUGAAGAUGAUGAAGAUGGAGAAAUUGAAACAAGUAAAACAAGUAAAAAAUCAGCAUCUUCAUCAUCAAUGGAGAAUGUUUUAAAAGAAUUAGAGAAAAGUUUUGGUAAAGGUACAUUAAUGAAAUUAGGGUCCCAAUUUUCAACUCAAAAAGUUGAAGUUAUACCAUCAGGAUCAAUGGGAUUAGAUAUUGCAUUAGGAGUAGGAGGUUUACCAAAAGGUAGAGUCACUGAAAUAUUUGGACCUGAAAGUAGUGGUAAAACAACUUUAGCAUUACAUGUCAUUGCUCAAGCUCAAAAAGCUGGAGGAAAUUGUACUUUUAUCGAUGCUGAACAUGCACUAAACCCACAAUGGGCUGCACGUUUAGGUGUAAAUUUAGAUGAACUAUUCGUUUCUCAACCUGACAAUGGUGAACAAGCAUUAGAAAUCGUUGAUUCUUUACUUCGUUCAAAAACAAUGUCUGUUAUCGUUGUUGAUAGUGUUGCAGCUUUGGUUCCAAGAGUUGAAAUCGAAGGUGAAAUGGGUGAUUCUCAUCUUGGUGUACAAGCUCGUUUAAUGUCACAAGCCUUACGUAAAUUAUCUCCAACAUUAAAAGAUUCAAAUUGUGUUUUAAUUUUUAUAAAUCAAAUUCGUAUGAAAAUUGGUGUUAUGUUUGGUAAUCCUGAAGUAACUUCUGGUGGUAAUGCUUUAAAGUUUUUUUCAUCAAUUAGAAUUGAUAUUAGAAAAGUUGGAACAGUUAAAAAAGGAGAUGAUAUUAUUGCAUCACAAGUAAAAGCAAAAGUUGUAAAAAAUAAAUUAGCACCACCAUUUAAAGAGGCAAUUUUUGAUAUUGAUUUCCAAUCUGGUAUAAAUAAAACUGGUGAAAUCAUUGAUCUUGCAGUUGCAGAAGGAAUUAUAGAUAAAAUGGGAUCUUGGUAUAGUUAUAACGAUAUUAAAUUAGACCAAGGUAGGGAAAAGACUAAAUACCUUUUAGAAAAGACUCAACCAAAUCUUUUAGUAGAAAUUGAAAAUAAAUUAAGAGAUAAAUUAAUUAAAUCAAAACCAUUAAUUAAUCAACAACAAGAAGAAGAAGGAAAUGAUCAAACCAGUGAUGAAUUUGAUAUUGAAAAUGAUGAUGAAAUUAUAGAAGAAGAUAUUGAUGAUGAAACUAUUAAAAAAUAA